CAUAACAAAAAGUAAUGGCCAUCUAUUUGGGUCCUGAAGAAGGAGGUAUUUCACGUCGGACUACCGUAGGUGUGAUUGAGUUUUCUCCAUGUUAGUGCGUACGUUUGCGCGUCUUUGAAAUAAAUCUGCGUCUCAACUGUUUUUCCGCUGGAUGUUCGUCGGCCGCGGUCGCAGAGCGGUUAGUAAGCUGGUUGGACUUCGUGCCUCGUUUUAGGGUUAAAGCAGCCAGCUAGCCACGCUAACGCUAGCUACUACCAGCGCUGCUGUGUGUGUGUGUGCCGACGUCUAGAAGGGCGUACGAGUUAGACGUUUUCUCCCCAAGUCGCCUCACAUUUUGAGUUUAGUACAACGCGGUCCUCUCUCUGCUCGAAGCUAACCCACCCAGCAGGCAACAUGGAGGGGACUCACUUUGCAAGAGCAUGAAUGACCACGACGACCAACGGAGAGACUAAAGAGGAUUAAACGCAACUCGGGUCUUCAUGGGGAAAAGUUGAGCCGAGGAUUAACAACUUGGGAAAAACUGAGGCAAGGUUUCAACACUUACCUAUUGUACAAAGGAAUGCUAAAACCUCAGUGAUGGAAACCACAGUUGUGAGUACGUCCACUCUGGCCCCCGAUGAGUUCGAUAGGAACGUGCCGCGGAUCUGCGGCGUGUGUGGCGACAAAGCCUCCGGAUUCCACUUCAACGCCAUGACCUGUGAGGGCUGCAAGGGGUUUUUCAGGCGCAGCAUGAAGCGCAAGGCCGCCUUCACGUGUCCCUUUAACGGCAGUUGCACCAUCACCAAGGACAACCGGCGCCACUGCCAGGCAUGCCGGCUCAAACGCUGUGUGGACAUUGGCAUGAUGAAAGAGUUCAUUCUGACAGACGAGGAAGUGCAGAGGAAGAAGGACCUGAUUCAGCGGAGGAAGGAUGAGGAAGCGAUGCGCGAAGCGGAGAAGGAGGCGCGGCGGCCCCGGCUGAGCGAUGAACAGAGCCAUGUCAUCGCCACGCUGGUGGAGGCGCACCACAAAACAUACGACGACUCCUACUCUGACUUCUGCCGCUUCAGGCCCCCUGUACGUGAGGGUCCGGUGACGCGUAGUGCCAGCAGAGCGGCCUCCCUCCACUCUCUGUCUGAUGCCUCCUCCGACUCCUUCAGUCACUCUCCAGAGUCAGUAGACACCAAAAUGAACUUCAACAACCUGUUGAUGAUGUACCACGAGCAGGGCAGCAGCCCCGACUCCAGCGAGGAGGAGGGCUCCAGCUUCUCCAUGCUGCCCCACCUGGCUGACCUGGUCUCCUACAGCAUCCAGAAGGUCAUCGGCUUUGCCAAGAUGAUCCCCGGGUUCAGGGAGCUGACUGCAGAGGACCAGAUCGCCCUGCUCAAGUCCAGCGCUAUCGAGGUGAUCAUGCUGCGCUCUAAUCAGAGCUUCAACCUGGAAGACAUGUCCUGGAGCUGUGGUGGGCCGGACUUUAAAUACCAGGUCAGCGAUGUCACCAAAGGUCAGUAUUAACUACGCCACGUGUGCCGUUUGGCUAUGCAUACGCACGCUCUCAGGCUCAUUCGGCUCGGCUGAAGAAAGGACGCACACGUUACACGUCUGGGUCUCUGUUUGUUAGCUUCUGACCGCCCAGGUGUUCAGGAUCACGCUCGGAUCGAGGCCCUCCAAGACCACCUGUCCGAGACCCUGCAGGCCUACAUCCAGCUGCACCACCCAGGAGAACGGCUGCUCUACGCCAGGAUGAUCCAGAAGCUGGCGGACCUGCGCAGCCUCAACGAGGAGCACUCCAAGCAGUACCGCUCUCUCUCCUUCCAGCCGGAGCACAGCAUGCAGCUCACCCCACUGGUGCUGGAGGUGUUCGGCAGCGAGGUCUCCUAGACCCUCUGAGCCCCCUACGGUGGAGAGGAGAUAGGAGACCCUCUUAGGGUAGAAAUGGAGAGAGAGGGCAGAGGGCGUGCUGGAGCGACUUAAUGGAGGUGUGAAGCUAGUGGAAGAGAGAGAGAGGUGUGUGUGUGUGUGUGUGUGUGUGUGUGUGUGUGUGUGUGUGUGUGUGUGGC